UGCGCGCGAUUCAGUCCGCCACCAGCUUUCGUGCGCGCGCGCAGGGUCCAUGCGACACCACUACUCCGAAUACGUUAUGCCGACUCUAACUUAGGCUUUGACCUCGCGAGUGAUAGACAAUGUUGUGACUUAAUGAGUGUGGACAUGUGUGGUUUGCGUGGAUGAUGGCCGGUGGUCGCUGCUGGUCAGGCACAAUGAGCGAGCUGAAUUGGCACAAAUGGCUAGUGUUGUCCGUACUCGGAUUGGCUUUGUCCGCCUGGCCAAUUGGCUGCGAUUACAGUUCCAUCACUGAGAAAUUUGGAACGGAAGCCGUCACUCGAUGCAAUGAAAAAUGCCCGUUUCAGAAUCGCACUGGCGAGGGGCAUUUUGAUGUCAAUUGUGGUUCGGCAUGCAGCGUUCAGCAGUGCACAUUGGGAUGCAGUCUAUGGCGGGAAGGACUGGAAAAAUCAUGCCAAACUGUUUGCAAUGUCACUUCAGAAACUUCAAUAUCCCGCGAACUGUACUGUGUUAUGGGAUGUAAUGAAGCUCUCAAUACGUACUUUCAAAAAUUAAGAGAAUUGAUCGGCACGCCUCCAGCGCCGGCGCUGGUAGCCGAUAGUCUGACCGCCACAUCUCUGUCCCUGGUCUGGGAGGCCCCCACUCCCGGCAACCUGAGCUUCCUGCUGCAGUGGCGCUACGAGGAGCUCCCCGGCUCGUGGCAAUAUUACUCCAACACCAGCCACACCGGAACCACUAUACAUAUCGAUAAUCUGCAGCCCUACACUAAAUACAGGUUUCGAAUAGCGAUAUUCCUAUCAGGCCGCGGAGGCACGAGCGAGCCUUUCUACUCGGCUCCAUCAGUAGUGAUCUCGACCCUGGAGAGCGGGAAGCCCAGCUCCAAGCCGGCGUCGCUGCGGGCGGCGGCGCCCGACCCCAGCCGGGUGUCCAUCUCGUGGGAGCCGGGCCCGUUCCCCAACGGACCGCUGGUUUCUUACGUGCUCAGGCUGACUGAUACACAGCCCAAUACGAUAGACGCAUUGGAGGAUAUGCCAGCAUCGAAUAAUACUCUAUUCUACAUGUUCCAAAACCUGGCCCCGGCUCGGGAGUAUGAAGUGUCUGUAGCUAUGAGGAACGCCGCGGGCGAAGGACCGCCCACUACCGUCAGAGUUUCCACGCCUCCUUUACCGAAGUCCGUUCCUAGUCAACAACCCAUUCUUAUUCUGGGAGGAGAACAAAACGUUUUAGCUGCACCUGCCAACGAUAUGCUUGCUGAUCCAGUAGUGUUAUACAGCACUGAAUUCAAGAUCACUGGUGUUGGUCUCGAUAUGUCCAGUGACUCCUUAUUUGUGUCCGUUUCGAACGGAUAUGUUUAUCGUGGGUCCUUGUCUAAGAAGAGUCCACCUGAGCCCAUACUGACGCCAAAAAACAUAUCAUUUACCCCAUUAGAUCUGUCUGUUGAUUGGUUGAACCACCACCUGUAUGUGUUGGGUCGAUUGCACCACACGCCUGAGGGAUUGAACGACUCUCACUCUAUAUGGGAAAUUAUAAGAUGUGAUUUCGAUGGAACGAAUCAGUUGGUUGCCUAUUCUGGGUUUACUUCUCAACCUAUUCAUUUCGAAGUAGACCCCUAUAAUGGCUACAUAUUCUGGGCGCUACGCGGCGGAGACCGCGACGGCCUGUACCGGCUGGACCUGGCCAGCAUCUCCAACGGCGUGCGCCACUGCGCGCCGCCCGACCUCAUCGUGCGCGACGCGCAGCUCGGCGCCUUCACCGUCGACCAUCUCGACUUCCGGCUGCUGGUCGUCCAUCUCAAGAGGAACACCGUGCUUGCUGUCUCACUCGACGGCCGCGACGUAACCGACUUCCGAAGCAACACCCAGACACCCAUGUUUCUGUCGACCAAAUCGAUAGCGUACGCCAACGGGCUGUUCUACUGGACCAACGGCCGCGAGAUGCUAACGGAGGAAUACCACGCACAGACCGACAGCUACUUCCAUAACGAGUACCCGCUGGCCUUCAGCACCAAGGUCAUCGCCACCAGGCAGGUUUUAGUAGCAGUACGAAGCUGCCAACCCAUCCCAGUGCCAGUGAACCCUCCGAUCGGCGUGCAGAGCGUGAUGGGCAUCGACCUAGCGAAGGUGUCGUGGUCGGCGCCGCACCGACUGGGCCACCAGGGCGGCGGCGCCUGGCAGCACUGGACCUUCCGGCUGCAGCUCAUACACGCCCGCUCCAGGGAUGUCAUCGAUGUCAAAAAUAUAAGCGACUCUUCUUAUAUAGUAGAAAAUAUCGAACAGGAUACGGAAUACAUCAUCAGAGUGGCGGCAGUAACCACAUCCGGAUCUGGACCGUGGUCAUCAGAAUUUGUAGGGAAAACUCUGGCAUCGUCUCCUACUAACUUGCAUAGUACUUUACUCUGGUCUGGACCUGAUGGACUAUUGCAAACCGAUUUGACUGGCGACAACUUGCAAACUUUGAUACAUGGGUCCCACUUCCAGCUAAAGAACUACCACAUAACAGACAUAUCCUGGUACCGUGACAAGCUAUACCUAGUGACGAACUCGUCAACAGUUUUGUGGUACAACACUACGGAGCACACGAUGGGGCAAAUGUCGAAUAUGGACAACGUUGGCAGCUUGGCCGUGGACUGGGUGGGCAAGAAGAUCUACUGGUCUAACCCUAAGCAGCAGCUGAUAACUCGAGGUAAUUUCGACGGCACCAACCGCGAGCCCGUGCCCAUAGUGACCGUAGCCAAAGAGCUGACCAUAGAUUCUCUAGGAGCCUACAUCUACUGGAACACGGGACAUGCCGUGGAAGCAGCUAGAUUGAAUGGAGAAAACAAAAUGGUGUACUAUCCUGCGCAGUUGUUUAGCGGAAAGCAAGUUAUGGGCCUCACGACUGAUUUAGAGAAUAAAUGGCUGUACUGGUUGGUCCGAAGCUACGAUGGGUCAGAACUGCACAGGGCUCCAACGGCAGAUCAAUUCUCACAGACCAUCACUGAGGUGUCCGGAUCGCUAGUGAGCAAGUUGUCAGGCACGGCGACGUUGGGUCCGCUGUGUUACUUCAGCGGGCGCCUGGUGUGGGUGCGCGACGCGGCGCGCGCGGUGGUGUCGGACCUGCGGGGCCGGUACACCGCCGCGCUGCUGCCGCGCGUGCGCGUUGUCGCUGUCAGGGACCCCACGCUGCACGACAACAGUGAAUCCUUAAUAGCUAUCCCGGAGGCUAUCAACGGUUCCACAAUCGAGGUGGUGGGCAAAUGGGACCGGUUCAACGUGACGUGGGCGCCGGCGCCGGUCACAGUCAGCACCAGGGUCUGCUACGACGUCAGCCUCGACUUCACACAUUAUAAGAUUGAGAGGACGGUGGACGUGCCCUGGAUAGAAGUGACGUCGUCCAUACCGCCCUACAGCUCCGUGGAGGUGGUGGUCCGCGCCCACACGCCGUGGGGCGGCGGCGCCCCCUCGCGCGUGACCCGGCGCUCGCCCACGCACGUGCCCACCGCGCCCCAGGCGCCCAGGGUUUUCAUACAGCGUGUACGCAGCGACGGGUCUCCAUCGGCAAUCUUCCGGUGGAGUUCGCCGCGGCAGCCCAACGGCCUCGUGCUCGGGUACGAGGCGCAGUGCUGGGUGGGGGGAGGGGGCGCUGGAGGCCGACCCUCCGCCUGCGCCGACGCGAGGUUGUCGCCGGCGCACACGCAACUGCUGCUGCGGAGGCUCGUGCCUGCCAACACUUACUACUUUCAGGUUCGUGCUUACACAGACGCAGGUUUUGGUCCAUACUCAGAAGUGGUGUCGGCUUCAUCAGACGAAAUAAACCCAGUGCCCAGAGUCAUAAUAUCCUCACAAGAAUCUAUAAAAAUCAUAGACCUGGACUCGAAUGACGUCGAGACUAUACCAAAAAGCAUGGGUAUACCAAUCGAUUUCGGUGUUACCAUUGAGGAAAAUAUUGUCUAUUGGGUCAACGAUCUGGAUGAAAUAUUUUCAUCUAGAAUCAAUGGCAGUGGACAUUACAAGUUGACCUCAAUAAACUCGAAAGCCACCAGUAUCGCUGUCGACUGGGUGGGUCGCUCCGUGUACUGGGCGCAAAUGGAAACCGCUGAAGUGGCGGUGUACCGGACCGACCUGGCCAUUCCCAACUCCCGCCCGAAUAUCACGCGCCUCUUCACUAGGAAGCACAGGAUAUAUAGCUUGCAGGUCUCACCUUUGCAAAGGUUACUCUUCUGGUACGAAGAAAGCAAACACCCAGGAAUGGGAACUCUUAUGACGUCGAGAAUAAAUGGUUCUAAUAUAAGAACUUUCUUCAACAACACUUCGGGACAUGAUGAGUGUAACUGUCCAGAAAAUCCUCACAUAGCCCCGCCAUUCUCUAUCGAUAUGACUAAAAAAUCUUACGAAAUCUUCUGGGUGGAUCCGUGGCAGCACCACAUCGUAGCCUCUGAUAUGGCCGGAUGCAAAUGUAGAAUCGUUGUAGUAGCAACCGAAAAGAGAAAAUACGGAUUCACGCCAAUGUCCAUAACGGUCGACAGCAAGUACGUUUACUGGUUCAAUUCCACAGAGAAAGAGAUAUUUUACACUACCAAACAUAAAAAGAAUAAAGUGGAACAGGUCAAAAGUUCUUACGGGUAUAAGAUAAUGACAUUAGACCCGGCUAAUCAGCCGUAUCCUCCUCGGCAAUGUCUGUUUCCACACGCAAACGACCUCCGUCCGAGAGUGUUGUCUCAUUCCGCGAACAGCAUAACUCUGAGAUUACCUUCCGUUGGCAAACCCAGACAUUGUUCCCAUCUAGAAUAUGAAAUGGCGGCUGCGGAAUAUACGAUAUUUUACCGAAAACAAUCAUGGUCCGACUCUGGAGUUUGUACAAAGGAAACUUGUCCAUACAUAUCUACGACCAGCCCGGAAGUGGCUAUCAGAGAUUUGAAGCCUUUCACCAAUUACACGGUGACUUUACACACCACAAACUAUUAUGCCAAACUUCAUGAAGUUAAGCCGAUUAUUGGCACCCCAAUGUUAUUGCAGACCGAUGCCGAAGCCCCGUCGGCCCCCAGCAACGUGUCGGGCGCGGUGCUGAGCCCGGUGCUGGCGCGCGUGCGGUGGUCACCGCAGCCGGGGCUGCGCUACGAGCUGCACUGGCGCACCGACCACGACCAGCUCGACCACAAGCUGAAAGCGCACAACACUCUGAUCGCGGAGAAAGGCGCCAGCAGCGCGGAGAUGCGCGACCUGAGCCCCAGCACCUCGUACUGGGUGUGGGUGAGAGCGAGGUCCGCGCAUAGCGCCACACCCACCGACUCCGCAGCCAUCCGGCUGAGGACGUACCCUGACCCUGCGCCCAUACUGCUGCGGGAGGCGGCCGCAUACCACAUCACUGCGCUGUGGCCCACGCCCACCUCCUACCACAUACACCGGUACACAAUGGAAUAUACAGAAGCGUCUUCGUCCCUGGGUGUUUGGAGGGCGUGCAAUAUGACCGGCAACAGUCUUUGGCGAGCCAGCGACCUGACGCCCAAGACCCGCUACCGCUUCCGCCUCCGCUUGUGGUACAUACCAGAUGCGCCGCCGUAUGAGUGGCCACACAAUGACACAUUCACAUACGAAACUUUGGGAGACGUCCCAGGCCCCCCUGGCCCACUGAGCGUGGAGGCGGUGGGCGACCGCGUGUUGCGCGCGUGGUGGGCCGAGCCCGACAACCACGGGGAGCCCAUACUGGGGUACCGAGUGUGGGGCAGCCCACAGCACAGAUCCAACAACAUAAAUGAAACGAAAGACUUGGAGGAGUUAUCGGAAGAUCUCCCGUCCGACAUUCCUGACGACAUGAAGAUGGAAAUCAUACGCGAAGGCUUGGAGCUGCUCCACAACGGAACUGAAACGUACUGGCUCAUCGGACCCGGCGAAGUGUCAGAGGGGUACAUGGCCCGCGUGCAAGCGCACAACAUCCACGGAUGGGGGGCGCUGUCGGCCGCGCAGCGCCUGGAUGCGGCGCCGCUGAGCCCCGCCCCAUCCGCGCGCCCCGGCGCGUCCGUCGCCGCCAUCGCCGCGCUCGCCGCCGCGGUCGUCGUAAUCACCGCCACUAUCUUGUACACAUACAAGAAUCGCACCAAGAAAAAGGCUGCCGUAGAAAGUCAGUCGACCAUCAUACCGCGGCGCGGGCCUGACGUCGAGCUGGCUACUUUGCGACAACUGCCAAUUAGACACUCCAACAACAUUCUCUAUAACCAGGGCGUGGUAUACUGUCCAUCGAACGCGGAGUUGGCCGGACUCCCUCACAUUCGGCGCGAACAAAUAACGCUAACCAAGUUCCUGGGGUCCGGGGCUUUCGGCGAAGUGUUCGAGGGCGUCGCGCGUCAGUUAGGCGGCGCCACGGACACCAGGGUGGCUGUCAAGACAUUGCGUAAAGGCGCGACGGAGCAAGAGAAGAACGAGUUCCUGAAGGAAGCGGCGCUAAUGGCCAACUUCAAACACGAGCACAUCCUGCGGCUGCUGGGCGUGUGUCUGGACAACGACCCCAACUACAUCAUCAUGGAGCUCAUGGAGGGCGGCGAUCUGCUCAGCUACCUCCGGACCAAGCGUGCUUCUCUCUACACGGCGGAGUCCCUGACGCUACUGGACCUGUUGAACAUGUGCGUGGAUGUGACCCUGGGUUGCCGGUACCUGGAGGAGAUGCACUUCGUGCACCGCGACCUCGCCGCCAGGAACUGCCUCGUGGCGCCGCGCGGCGGCGGCCGCGUCGUCAAGAUCGGGGACUUCGGGCUCGCUAGGGACAUCUACAAGAACGACUACUAUAGGAAGGAGGGCGAAGGCUUGCUGCCCGUGCGAUGGAUGGCGGUGGAGUGUCUCGUGGACGGGGUGUUCUCGUGCCAGUCCGAUGUGUGGGCCUGGGGCGUAUUGUGCUGGGAGAUCCUGUCCCUGGGCCAGCAGCCGUACCCGGCGCGCACCAACAGACAGGUGCUGGCGCACGUGCGCGCGGGGGGCACGCCCGACCGCCCGCCCAACUGCCCCGCGGCUUUCUACGAGCUGCUACGGUCGUGCUGGAGCUACUCCGCGGAGGCGCGGCCGACGUUUCGACGCUGUCUAGAAGUGGUGCGCGCGCUGCGCGACGCCACGCCGCGCGACGCUGCGCUCUCCGCCUCCGCCGCACCGCCGCCCCCGCCGCAUUACCUCACCCUGCUGCCUGACGACGCCGUCGACAACCGUACCUACCUUCUGGACGAGAAUGACAACGCCUGCUUAGAUGAAGAUUACCCGGAGCAUCAAAUGGAGCCGUCGAGGUUGCUUCCGACGUCGAAAUACUUAGAAUUAAUGUACGACAGCGACUCUGCACCGGGCAGUAUUGGGUACGACGGGUACGAGAUCCCGCGGACGCCGUUCUCGCGGCACAGCAUCGUGGGCGUGGCGCCCAACAGACUAGUGAGGCCGGCGCUGGCGCGGUCGCAGUCACUGCGCGGCGGCGGCGGCGGCGGCAGGCCCGCCAGCGCCACCAUAGUGCCGCUGCGGCGCGCGCCGGCCAAGCGCGCGUCGUGGUGCGAGCGCCGCGCGCCCCCCCCACACUCCCCCGCGCCGCGCCCACAUCCCCCCGCGCCCCCCCCGCAUCACCCCGCGCCGCCCACACACUCCCCCGCGCCCCCCCCACAUCACCCCGCGCUCCCCCCACAUGGCCCAGCGCUCCAACUCGUCAACACUACAUUUUGAACUGUGAUAUUGACUUUACCAUAUAAUGUACAUACAUUCGUGUUUUAUUAUUCCACCGAAGUUUUAGGAUGUUUAUAUUUAAUGUUAUUUAUUAUAUCGUGUAAAUGUAAAUAGUUGGGACGUUGUACAUAUUAGAGUGAACGGGCAUCCCUUUCGUACAAAAUCGGACGCCAUCGAGUACGAUAUGAAAUGUAAUUAUGCAUUUAUUUUAAGUCAUUCCUGAGACAUUCUGCCUAUAGACUGCUAAUUAGAUUUUGGUACAAUGAAAUAAAAGCCAAUUUAAGAA